GUUCGGUGUGACUUUCCGCCGUCGGUGUUGCGGUCGGAGCUCGGACGGACGGACCGGAUCGUAUUUACCGGGACUGGACCGUGUGGGACUCGCCCGUGUGUCUGUCGGUUCGGGGUUAGCCUGUCCGGGGCUACAGCAGGACGAACCCUGGAAGCAGCACCGGCCGAACGGCGGAUCUCCACCCGCCAUGGAUGCUUCGUGAGCCGGGGCCGGUGUGAGGACAUGUCCGGGGAGCCGCCGUCAGCCGGACCGGGCCGGGUGGUUCUGGUCAAGAAGAUCAUCAUGAAGGACGGAGCUGGGCUGCAGCAGGGCGUGGGGCGGCCCAGCGUCUACCACGCAGUGGUCGUCAUCUUCCUGGAGUUCUUUGCUUGGGGUCUGCUGACCACGCCCAUGCUCACGGUUUUACAUGAAACGUUUCCUCAGCACACGUUCCUGAUGAACGGCCUCAUCCAGGGAGUCAAGGGGCUGCUGUCCUUCAUGUCGGCUCCUCUGAUUGGUGCGUUGUCUGAUGUGUGGGGGCGGCGCUCCUUCCUGUUGGUCACCGUCUUCUUCACUUGCGCCCCCAUCCCCCUGAUGAGACUCAGCCCCUGGUGGUACUUCGCCAUGAUCUCCAUGUCUGGAGCCUUCUCUGUCACCUUCUCCGUCAUCUUCGCAUACGUGGCCGAUGUGACCGAGGAACGGGAGCGGAGCACCGCCUACGGCCUGGUGUCUGCCACCUUCGCUGCCAGCCUGGUGACCAGCCCGGCCAUCGGGGCGUACCUGUCUGCGUGGUAUGGGGACAACCUGGUGGUCCUGGUGGCCACGCUCAUCGCCCUGGCAGACAUCUGCUUCAUCCUGCUGGCGGUGCCCGAGUCGCUGCCAGAUAAGAUGAGGCUGAACACCUGGGGGGCACCGUUCACCUGGGAGCAGGCCGACCCCUUCGCUUCUCUGAGGAAGGUGGGUCAGGACUCCACGGUCCUGCUCAUCUGUAUCACUGUGUUCCUGUCCUACCUGCCCGAGGCCGGACAGUACUCCAGCUUCUUCCUCUACCUGAGACAGGUCAUCAAUUUCUCCUCGACAACCAUCGCUGUUUUCAUCGGUGUCGUUGGAAUCCUGUCCAUCGUAGCUCAGACGCUGUUCCUGACGCUGCUCAUGAGAACUCUGGGAAAUAAGAACACGGUCCUGCUGGGUCUGGGCUUCCAGAUCCUCCAGCUGGCCUGGUACGGCUUCGGAUCUGAGCCCUGGAUGAUGUGGGCGGCCGGCGCCGUGGCGGCCAUGUCGUCCAUCACCUUCCCAGCAGUCUCUGCUCUGGUGUCGCAGUCGGCCGAUCCUGACAAACAGGGUGUGGUCCAGGGGAUGAUCACGGGGAUCCGCGGUCUCUGUAAUGGUCUGGGUCCGGCGCUCUACGGCUUCGUCUUCUUCCUGUUCAACGUGGAACUCAACACCAUGGACCCGAUCCAGGACCAGUACAGCAUCGACCCGCUGCCCCUGCACGGGCCCACUGAGCGGGCGCUCAUCCCAGGCCCGCCCUUCCUGUUGGGGGCGUGUACCGUGGUCGUGGCCUUCCUCGUCGCUCUCUUCAUUCCAGAGAAACCCUCCUCCUCCUCUUCCUCCGCCUCUCAGCUGUCGCUCAGCGACAAGCCCCGCCCAGACAGUAAGGAGUCUCUGUCCUCAUUGGCUGGCAUUCACAUCAACACGCCACUCCCAGGCAGCGAUGAGGAGACCCCGCCCACUGCCAGCGACGAGGACUUUGAGCCGCUGCUGCAGGACAGCAUCGUGUGAUUGAUAGGUGGACAGGCCGCUGAGGGAGGGGCCAGUGUUACCUUUAUGACAAAGAACCAGUUGGAUGUUUUCAUUUUGCCAAGGGGGCGGGACUAACUGUUCUUCGAUUGCUAGAAGGCUGUGAUUGACAGUGACGAGCACCAGUCACAUCAUCCCUUUGCUUCACAGCUGAGAGGCGUCUCCCACUUCAACCAAUCAGGAUGCUUCUUUAAAGAAUGGGCGGAGCAAAGAGAUUGAUAAGUGGGUGGGUUGAUGAGAGGGGGCGUGGCCAGUACUGGGGAAAACCCACAAAAAAAAUCACUUGAAGAGAAAAAGAAUAUUUUUGAGGAUCGAUCUGAAGGAUUCUGGUUUAAAUGGUGGAUUGUUUUUUUCUUGUGAAGGCAUUUGGACCUUCACUGGUUUUUAAUGCAGUGUUUUUAUUUGGAUUCAUGGUUGUACAGACACUCAUACUGUGCGUUUCGUCAGUUGACGUCGGUGUUUCCUGUGUUUUUCUGGUGUUUUUAUUCGUCACCGAGUCGACGGAUUCUGAAUGUGAUGAAACGACGCUGGUUCUUCCUUUUUUUUUUUUCUUUUCCCUCAUGUUCUCUACCUCGAAUCAGCCUCAGUUUCAACCUGGAGUCUCACAGUUUUUAUUUGAUAUCAGUCACUUUAUCGGAGCUGGAGGUGGUAAAAACACGUCAGGAGUCCGAAACAGAAGCCGAUCCGAUCCAGUUCCAAAACAUCUACGUUUCCGUCACGUGUCGGUGAAAGAACAACAGCGUUUCUGACCCAACUUUAG